GCAGCAGUCAUGGUUGGAGACACAGGCAGGGCUGUCUGGUCUUCAGCAGCCUGAGGAGCUGGCAGGAAGGGCAGCGAGAGCUUCGGCUGAAAAUGCCGGGCACCAGAACUCUUUAAAUAAUGCGAGUGGAGGGAGAGCGGGCGUCGCAGGCUGGGCUCACUGUUACCGCCACCACCGCCGCCGCCGCUGCUGUGCUGUAAGAGAAUGCCGGAACCUGUAGAUGCAGCCGCGUGAAAACGAGAAAAUGUCCCACUAUCAUUUUAUCAAAUGCUGUUGUUUCCAGCUAUGUAACGUCUUCCGCUCGCGCGACAUGGAGAUUGACCAGUGCCUGCUGGAUUCGCUGCCGCUGGGCCAGCGCCAGAGGCUGGUGCGGCGCAUGCGGUGCGACCAGAUCCGGGCGUACUACGAGCGCGAGCGGGCGCUGCAGAGGCAGGCGGGGCCCCGGGUGCGGCCCAGCCACAGGAAGAGGCACCGCGUCCGCUUCGGCCCAGCCGACGUCCUCCGGGAUGCCAUCGCUCGCCAUGACGACGGGGAAGUGCUGAAGCUGCUGAGGGAAGGAGCUGACCCCAAUACGCUCGUCUCCUCUGGGGGAUCCUUGCUGCAUCUGUGUGCACGCCAUGACAACGCCUUUGUGUCAGAGCUGCUGAUUGAGAGGGGGCUGAAGGUGGACCAGCAGGACGAGGACCUGUGCACGGCGCUGCAUGUGGCCUGUGCCUGCGACCACCCCGACGUCACGCUGCUGCUGCUGCUGGCUGGGGCAAACAUGCUACUGCAGGACGUCUAUGGGAACAUUCCUUUAGAUUAUGCCAUGGAGGGGACUGAAACCAACCUCAUACUGCUCAAGCACAUGGAAGAGAAUGGUGUGGACAUUACCUGCAUGCAUCACAUGAAGAUUCAGCGGUCAAUGAGCAUGCUGUCGGACGUCGGCCACCUUGUGGAGGCAGGGGGGAGUGUCAACCAGUGCAACGACGAAGGGGUCACUUUGCUACAUAUAGCCUGUGCCAGCGGCUACAAGGAAGUCGUCUCUCUGCUGCUGGAGAAUGGAGCUGACCUCCAUGUGGCUGACAACAACCUCUGGACCCCCCUGCACCUAGCAGCUAAAUAUGGACAGACCUCUGUCGUGGGCCAACUGCUGAAACGACAGGCAAACCCUACCCUCCUGAACUGCAAUGGAGACAAGCCCUCAGAUGUGGCUGCUUCAGACUGCAUCGGGCGCCUGCUCCUGAAAGGAGAGGAAUGCUGGGAACAGAGUCUGAGAGACCCCUCGGCUCAGGCGCUCACAUUAGACGAGCUCUACGAGGAGAUCAUCAAUGACGUUGCAGCGCCCGUCAAGAAACUAACCCGCCAUGCCAUCCCCAUCUCCAAGUGGGACAGUCUCCUGGAGAAGGACGCCAUGUUCAGGGACUCCGUUGGGGUUCUGGCCCAGCAGCCCUCCCAGGACAGUGGCAUUGAUGGCUCCUUUGGCACCAGUGCAAAUAAAGUGGAGCAGGUGCGGCUCAUGCCCCCCGCCCCGAGUGAUGACCUGGCCUCCCUCAGCGAGCUGACCGACAGCAGCCUUCUCUAUGAGAUGCAGAAGCGUUUUGGGAACGACCAGAUCUAUACUUACAUUGGCCAUAUUCUUCUGCUAGUGAAUCCCAACAAGGAAUUACCUAUCUAUUCCACACUGGUGAGUCAGCUGUACCUGAGCUCCAGUGGUCGUCUCUGCUCCUCCCUGCCCCCCCACAUCUUCUCCUCCGCAGAGAGGGCCUAUCACAUGAUGUUGCAGGAGCGGCGGCCACAGUGUUUCAUUCUCAGCGGAGAGAGUGGCUCAGGGAAGACAGAGGCCUGCAAACACAUUGUGAAGCACCUGACAGCUCGGUCCAGUCAUAAGGGAUUCACACUGGAGCCCAAAAUGAAGCAGGUAAACUGUAUCCUUGAAGCAUUUGGUCACGCGAAGACAGAAAUGAACAACAACUCAAGCCGAUUUAUAAAGUUCCUUUCGCUGCAAUACUGUGAGAAGAAGAAAACUUUAAUCAGAGCUAGGGUGUAUACAUACCUCUUGGAGAAGUCUCGCCUCACCUCCUCACAGCAGAAUCAACACAACUUCAGCAUCUUCUACCUGAUGGCAGAGGGCAUGUCUCCAGAAGAGAAGACUGCCAUGUACCUCAACAACAUGUUGGCACACAGGUACCUGAGUCGGAGCUCACCGGUUGGCAUGGCAACGGGCAGUACUCAGAGCAGAGACAAGCUGGUGGCACUGAAGCAAGCUCUCAGGGCCCUGGGCUUCAACAAUCUGGAAGUGGAGAACCUGUUUGUGAUUCUGUCUGCGAUCCUGAACCUGGGGGACCUGCGCUUCGCGUCACUCUCUGACGGCGAGACGGCCCGCUUGUCAGACCUGCAGCUCCUGGAGCAAGUAUCGGGGAUGCUGCAGGUGUCUCCAGAGGACCUCGGCUCCGCCCUGACGUCCGAUGUGCAAUACUUCAAAGGUGAUGUCAUCACAAGGCGACACACAGUGGAGAUGUGCAAUCUCUACAGGGAUUUGCUGGCUAAGUCCCUGUAUGGCCGUGUCUUCAGUUACCUGGUCAACAACAUCAACUACUACCUGCAGGGCCAGGAGGAGGGCUCUGGAGACUCCAUGCUGGAAAUUGGAAUUCUGGACAUCUUCGGAUUUGAGGAUCUUCAGAAGAACUGUUUUGAGCAGCUCUGCAUCAACAUGACCAGCGAAAGGAUCCAUCAGUUUGUUACAGAGGUGCUGUUCCAGCAGGAGCAGACAGAAUGUCUGCAGGAUGGAGUCACCAUGGAAACGCUACAUUCUCCCGGCAACCAGUCUGCCGUGCUGGACUUCUUCUUCCAGAAGCCGCAAGGUCUGCUCUUGGCUCUGGACGAGGAGAGCCAGGCCCUACGUCCAGCUGAACAGAACCUCUACAAGAAACUUCAGACCCAGCUGGACGCAACUAACGCCAACAGCAUCUCCCUGACAACCAAGGAUGGCAACGGCAACCCUCCACCCCAGGAUCAGGGGCCCUCUUUCACAGUUAUGCACUAUGCAGGCAAAAUGACCUAUGACCUCACAGGAUCGCUGGAGAGAAACAGGGAUGUCCUGCCUCAAAACAUCCUCUUUGUCAUGAAAUCCAGCGAGAAUGUUGUCAUCCGUCAAGUGUUCCAGUCCAAACUGACGCAGACCGGGUCGCUGGUCCCCCCCCACCACCUCAAGCUGCGUGGACCCAAAGCCGCCCUGCUGCUCCCCAAAAUGACAUCGCCUGCCACUGGCCCGGAACCAAAGAAGUGUCUGGAAUUGAGUAAGAGGAAAGGUGCUGCCUCACUCCUGCAGAGAACCGAGCGGUGUGGACCCGCGACGGUGGCUGUCCAACUCAGGAAUUCUCUCUGUGAAAUCACCAGCAAGCUGCAGCUCUGCACCCCUCACUUCGUGCAGUGCGUGCGGCCGAACGGCUCCGGGCGGCCCGACUCUUUCGACAGCGCCCGUGUCUCCGCCCAGCUGCAGUACGUAGGGGUCCUGGAGAUGGUGAGGAUGAUCCGCUACGGGUACCCGGUCCGGCUCCCCUUCGCCCGCUUCCUGGCCCGAUACAGGGAACUGGCUGAAACCACACUGGCAGGCCACAGGAAGCUGUCACCGGAGGAGAAGUGCCGUCACGUUCUCCAGAAAUGCCAGCUCCAAGGGUGGCAGAUGGGCCACUCCAAGGUGUUUCUGAGGUACUGGCAAGCUGACCAUCUCAGUGACCGCUGCCACCAGCUGCACCGCAAAAUUGUCAUCAGCCAGAAAGUGGUGCGGGGCUGGCUGGUUAGGAGGCGUCGGCAGCGGAGGGCAAACAACCAGCAGCAGGAGCUCAAUAGCGUCCAGGGCUUCCUCCAGGGCCUGGAGGACCUGGGGCUGCAGGCCUACGAUAGCCUGGUCAUCCAGAAUGCCUCUGACAUCGCCCGUGAGAACGACCGCAAGCGCAACCAGCUCAACAGCAUGCACCUCACAGAGAGGCCGGAGCCCCUGGGCAAGGAGGACGAGCCACCGAAGAGGGUUCUAGACAAGGGCGGGAAGGUUAACGACGGUGGCGGGGGUGGGGGCGGAGGCCGGACUCUCAAGCAGUUCCGCUCCAGCUCCGUGCCCAUCCCCCUGGCCGUGGAGAACUUGGUACAUUCAGCCGCGGGGCCGCCGACCAGACCAGCCUCCCGGGAGCCAGUGGUGCCCAGCGACGAGGGAGGGGGCAGCGGCCUACCAUCACCGCGGAAGCAGCCCCCGCCCAAACCAAAGAGGGACCCCAACACCAGGCUAAGCGCCUCCUACGAGGCCGUGAGCGCCUGCCUGGCCGUCGGGCUGAAGGAGACCCCCGUGGAUGCGCUGUCGAAGCCACGCCCCCACAGCGACGACUACAGCACCAUGCGGAAGGUCCCGCCUCCCAAACCGAUAAGGAGCCCCAACACCAAGCUGACGGGGUCGUACGAGGAGAUCCCCGCGCAGCGGCCCACGGAGAUCAAGCUGUCCUGUUUGUCUAAAGGGGUGCACUGCCUGGGGGCGAUCCCGCGGGCGGCGUCGGCGGAUGGGCCCCACCCCACCACGCUCAGCCUCUACCGGCCCCCGGAGGACGACGAUGUCUACAUCGAGAUGGUGGGGCACCCCAGGACGGUCUGCCCCCUCAGCACGGAUGGCCUCGAGCUGGGCGAGGCCGUCUACGAAGAAAUGAAGUACUUCCCCCCAGAGGAGGGAACCGUGGCGACGAAGACACAGCCGGCCAAUCCCGAGGGGGCGUCGCCACCCCAGUCGCUGGAGAGCAAGAAGCUGCUCGUGAUAGAGAACCUGUACUCAGCCAUCGCCAGGGAGCAGCCCCUUGGUGACAUCCCGGCCCCCUUCCCGAACCUGCUGCCUCACCGCCCCCCCCUGCUGGUGUUCCCCCCAUCCCCUGUUCCAUGCUCACCUGCCUCAGACGAAUCCCCCCUCACUCCCCUGGAGGUGAAGAAGCUGCCCGUCCUGGAGACCAACCUGAAUUACCCGGGCCAGGGGGAGGGGGGCAGCCCACUCUCGCCCCAAUACGCCCGGCAGAGGGCUGACUCCUCACCCAGCCUGUUUGCCUUCAUGCCCGACAAGUCCACCCCGCCCCUCACCCCACCUCCCGCCACACCCCCUCUGCUCCCCCCUCCCCCUGCCCAGCCCCCUCCUCCCUACAGACCCCCCUCCCACUUCCCCUUCCCCCCUGAGGCUGCUCACCUGACCCGGGCGGCUUCAGUGGCGACCUCUGACCCCUCCAAAGCAUCUCACAAAGGGGGCCACGGUUUUGGGGAGCCCCCUCCAGGCACUGGCAAGCCCCCCUACUCCCCAGCGAAGACGGGCCGUCCCGAGCCCCGUCGGGCACAUUCCUGCUCCUCCUCGCCGCUGCUUUUUAACCCCGCCUCCUCCCGCCCCCUAACCAGCCCCCUGGACGAGCUCACCACCCUCUUCAGCUCUGGCCGCAGCCUGCUCAGGAAGUCCCACACCGGGAGGAAGAUCCGUGAGCCUGGGUUCAAUUCGAACAUCAACCUCCCGAGCCGGGAGGACCCGGGCACAACCUCGCCCUUGCAGCUCCAGGACCGGAACGCCAACAACCACGCCGGGCCUCACCCCCACGCCCACUCCCUGUCCUCCGCGCCCGCUGAAAACGGCAACCAGCUCUCCAAUGGUUCACUGGAGGACGAGGGACACACCAAACCCAACAGCUCCACGCUGUCCUCCCUUCACAAACACAUGGACAGCCAUCAUAGCCAGAGGGGUCACCUCAACUUCUCCCCCUUUGGCGCUGGAGCUGCUCUCUGAGGCCUGAGGUGG